CCCCCUCACCUCACACCAUCUGGAGGUUAUCCUGAAGAGGUGACAGCAGCAGACCGAAGCGCUCAGUUCAUCACCAGACCCCAAACCCUGUACAUGGUCCCUUAAAUUGCAGAGAGCGACACGUUCCCUCCAUCGGCUGCCCAGCUGACCAAUAGGGCAAGAUGGCGCGGGAUAUGUCUGAUAAGGAAAUCCUGAAAAUGGAGUUGGAACAACUUCAGAAGGAAGUGAAGAACACUAGAGAGCCUGUCUCUAAAACCGCAAAGGAGAUUUGUGAAUGGGUUGAGGCCCAAGCUGCAGAAGAUCCUCUCAUAAAAGGAGUUCCUGAGGACAAAAAUCCCUUCAAGGACAAGGGUGGAUGCAUAAUAACUUAGCACAUGUGAUUUCCUGUGGCAAAAUUAUAUGAGGAUGUUUUAAUUUGUGCAAAUGAGAGCUGUUUAGCAGUCUGUUAUUUGAACUUGAAUGAGGAUUGAACACAUUAGUUUUAGUCAUCAUAGAGACUGCAUGACUUGAACAAUUACUUUAACUUACAGAGUCAAACACAGUCUACAGAGUCAUUCUGAUGAUUAAGAAAGGCAGCCCUCUCGAAGCAAACUCUUUGUAAAUAAAACUGGCAACUUCGGAACUGAAUUACUGUAAUUCCAUUCUCGUUCCAUCUCUCAUCAUUCCAUCUUUAAAAAAUAAAGUUUCAGUAAGCACACA